UCUUGCGCUGGGCUUGGUGAGGGAAGGAGGUAGUCUCAUCCGCUCGCUGCUGCAGCCGCGUCGCCGCCAUCAUGCCUCGGGGUAGCCGCAGCCGCACGUCCCGCAUGGCGCCUCCCGCCAGCCGUGCGCCCAUGAGGAGAGCGGCCCCGCCGCCGCCUGCAGCGCGCGCCGCCGUGCCGGCCCCCGCCCCGGCCUCCGCCGUGGCUUCUCCCGCUGCCGCCCCGAAGCAGCCCGGCCUGAUGGCGCAGAUGGCUACCACGGCCGCGGGCGUGGCCGUGGGCUCCGCUGUAGGCCACACGCUGGGGCACGCCAUUACGGGAGGGUUUGGAGGAGGAAGCGGCUCUGAGGCUGCAAGGCCCGACAUUACUUACCAGGAGCCUCAAGCAGCCCAGCCUGCUUACCAGCAGCAGCAAUCGCAAAAUGGCCCUUGUCUGUAUGAGAUGAAGCAGUUCCUGGAGUGUGCUCAGAACCAGGCUGACCUCAAACUGUGCGAGGGCUUCAGUGAAGUGCUGAAGCAAUGCAGGUUUGCUAAUGGUUUAGCGUAACUGAAUUCCAUGGGGCAAAGAAGCUAAAAAUCAACAUUCAGAAGUUCUAGUUAAAAUGAAAAUUGCUUCUUUACUAAAGUUUUAAAGCUAUCUGACAACCAUCUUGUUAGUUCAUUUAUUAACCAUGUGUCCUAUGACAGAACACUAGAGGGCCCUCUAGUCUCUCCUUCUGUUUAGUAACAAACAUGAAUGAUUGGAACAAAAUGAUUCUAGAAGUCCAUGAAAGGACUAAUAUAAGAUGCAAAGGAUAGACUUCAUCAAGGUAGGCCAAAUCUAAAUGGUCUGUUCUGAUUUACGUGGCUUCAAUGUAUGUAUGUGACAAACUAAAUAAAUAUCUCUAAUGAGUCUCA